AUAGAUAAGGGUCAAUGAUCAAUUCAGUAUAGCCACACCUUUAGUCUUUUUUAAUAGUUAACUAACUAAUCGUUUGCAGAAGAUCAUGCCAGCUAGAUGCAGACAGACUUGCUUGGAUGCAUCAUGCCUAGUGAUACUCCUACUGGCUUUUGGAGGAUCCCGUGUAUCACUAGGUCUCCUUCAAACUAACACUCAAAACGGAUACUUAUGCAACUUUUUUGUAACCCAGUCUGAGGCAAGGGAUGAUACUACCUUCACUUACAACAUGCCAACUUGUAAACUGGCUCUGGCUUCUACUAUGAUUUCCACCAUAUGUCUUGCUACUCUGACUCUCACAGAAAUAAUAAGGAUUGUAUUCCAGUUGAAGACCAAAUCAUUCUUGUGUGCUAAAGUUCUUCAGAUUGUACUCCUGACUGCUUCUAUUGUGUGUCUUGCUGUCACAACAGCUGUCGUUUCUGCUGGCUGGGCAAUGACAUGCAACACAUACGAUGAAUUGAGAGAAGACAGUCCCUCAUUUCAGUUAUUCAGCUGCACAGGGUAUCAGUAUCAUAAGGCACCACCUCAUGGUGGAGAGAUUAUUGCUGCUGCUAUUUUUGCUGGUCUUACAAUCCCGUUUUUAGCCGUAGCUAUCAUUUUAUUUGCUGCUCGGAAUCGUCUUGAGACUGUUAGACGUCAUUACCAGUACACAUUGCAACAGCAAGAACCAAUGGAUGUUAUUGACACUGCUGAUCCUACUGCUGAAGAUCAAUAAACUUCAAUAAAAGUUGAAUUGUCCAUUUUGUUAUUAACUAUUGAUUGGUAUAUUAACUGCAAUUAUUAUUGUUCUGGUUCACUCUUAUGUGUUUAGAUCAUUACAAUGUAAACUUUAGUUUCAUCUCAUUAUUUGAUAGCAUCCUGUACUGUUUGCAACUGCAA